AUGUUCGGAUUAUUUGGGGCAUGGGAGGCAUUGGUAAAACCACCCUUAGCUAGUAUUAUUUAUCAAAGAUUGUCAAAUUCUCAUUUUGAGGCUCGCUGCUUUCUUAAGGAUGUUAGGGAAGAAUCCUCCAGAAAUGGAACAAAUCAUUUGAGGAAAGAACUUCUUGCGAGCUUAUUAGAUAAGGAUGAAGCUAUGCUAAGAAUGGACACCACAUCUGCAACGUCACCUUUUAUGCGAAAGAGAUUUCGUCGAAGGAAGGUACUGGUAGUUUUAGAUGACUUGGAUAGUUCAAUGUUCCAAUUCAAAACUUUAAUUGAAGGGUAUGAUGAUUUUGCCCCUGGAAGUAGAAUUAUUUUUACAACUAGGGAUGUCCAAGUUCUUAAGACUGUAGCUGAUGAAAUUUACAAGGUUGAGGAGCUAGACUACUUUGAAUCUCUUGAUCUUCUCUUGGGUUCUUCCCUGCACUCCAAAAGCAAACAAGAAUGGGAAAAUACAUUGGACAGGCUCAAAAUGUAUCCAAAUCCCAACAUUCAAAGAGUAUUGAGAAUAAGUUAUGAGGGACUAGAUGAUGAAGGGAUUCAAAAAAUAUUUCUUGACAUUGCGUGUAUCUUUCAGUCACAUUAUUUUGAAGACGAACUAGAAAGCAAAUUAGAUAGCAGUGGUCAUUCCUUUGUGAAACUAGGAAUAAGUGAUCUCAUUAACAAGUCUUUAAUAAAUGAAAGUAGCAUAAAAUGCUUAGGACCUCUUGGUACACCAAUGCCAAGGCUCAAGAUGCAUGAUUUGCUACAACAAACAGGCCGAUCAAUUGUCAGGGGCGAAAGCAAAGAGCCAGGAAACUGUAGAAGCGCCACCAUCGAAGGUAUAUCAUUCAAUAUGUCAGAAAUUAGAAAAGUUGUAAAAGUGAGCCCUGCAGCCUUCUCAAAAAUGUAUGAUCUACGAUAUCUUAAAAUUUAUGCCAUUCAUGAAAACAAGAAGUGCAAAUUGUGUCUUCCUCAAGGUCUCGAUUCUUAUCUUUCUGAUACGAUAAGUUAUUUCGAGUGGGAAUCAUACCCUUUGAAAAUUUUGCCAUCAGAAUUCAUUCCAGAGAAUCUUGUUGAACUUGGACUACCAAACAACCAACUUGAGGUGCUUUGGGAUGAAUCCCAGCCUCUUGAGAAGUUAAAAGUGAUCGAUCUUAGUCAUUCUGAGCUCUUGACUCAAAUACCAAAUCUAUCUCAGGCUUCAAAUCAUGAAAUUAUAAAUCUUGAAGAUGUUGAAGGGUUAUCAGGGCAUGAGAACUAUGAAGCUAUUUAUUGCAACAAUAUUGAUAAGCUGAAGUCUUCAGAAACUCCUAAUGCAAACUUUCCAAUGAAUUUAAGAACUUUGUUUUUGGGUGGGACAGCAAUUGAAGCAGUGCCUUCAUCAUUUGGGUGUCUCUUGGGUCUUGUUCAAUUGGAUUUGGAUAACUGCAAAAGACUUAAAAGUAUACCAACCAGCAUUUGUAAGUUGAAAUCUCUUGAGUCAUUGAAUCUCUUUAAAUGCCCGAAUCUUGAAAAUUUUCCUGAAAUUUUAGAGCCUAUGGAAUGCUUGAAAUGUCUAAGGUUAGAAGGAACGGGCAUUAAAGAGUUACCUGAGUCAAUUGUAAAUCUAAUUGGGCUCGAUAGGUUGUUCCUUGAGGGAUGUUCAAAACUUCAAAAAUUGCCUACCCUUCCACUUGGUUUGUCAUACUUGGAUGUAGAGAAUUGUGAGAGCUUGAAAUCAUUGGCACAUCUUCCAUCAUCUUUGGAACAUUUGUUGGCAAGCCAUUGCACAUUACUGGAGACAAUAUCAAGUUGGAGAACUCCGCUUGGAUAUGAAAUCAGUGACUCAUAUUCUAUGGAUGGAAGUAUUAGAUUUGAUAAUUGUCUGAAUUUGGAUCAAAACACACGCAACAACAUAAUCCCUGAUCCUGCACUGUUUAGAAUUCUGUCUAGUGCAACAUCAUACAAGAAACGCCCAAUUGAUCAUCAAGGACUGGAAUUCCCAUUGUUUAUUUGUUAUCCUGGAGAUGAAAUUCCAAAGAGGUUCAGCUAUCAAAGCUUGGGGAGUUCAAUGAAUAUUCAGCUUCCACCAAACUGGUGCAAUACCAACUUCUUGGGUUUUGCUGUCUGCUUUAUUAUUGAUCAAUACUCUCAUAUAACUGAUGGAAUUGAAUACAAACUCAGUUUCAAAACCAUCAAUGAAAACAGUCUUUAUGAUUUUCAUGAUUCUGAUUGGUUGUAUCGUCUAGAGAAGAUCAAUUCAGAGCAUGUCUGGACUUUGCAUGAAGCUUCAUUGUCUUGCAAAGGGUUUGAAGAAAAGUUUGGAGCAAAUUGGCCCUCUAUUUGUAGCAACAUUGUCACCGGGAUUUCUUUCCAUGUCCGACCUUUUCGCCAUGAUGAUAGAUUUCAUGAUUCAUGUGUGGAAGAAGGUGUUGAGCAUUGCAAGAUAAAAAAGUGUGGAAUUUGGAUGAUAUAUGAGGAAGAUGCAGAUCAAGUAUUGGAUGGUGCAGAAGAGGAACCAGAAGUAGAAACAAGUACAAUUAAAAGACGCUUUGGUGAAUCGUCUGAAGGCGGUGGAGUUAGUAUUACUGAUGUUGUUGGCUCUGAUGAUAAGAAGGAAUACCAACACAAAAGAAGAGUCAUAUCCUCUGGUUAA